AUGAAGUUUUCAGUCUUGAUUCUCCCCGUCCUGGCAUCAGGCAUCACCGCUCUCUACGUGCCCGACAAGCUGGUGCAAGCGUUCCUCAAAGACUCGUCAGAGGGCAACUGCUGCAACGAGACGCCCUGCUUCAUCGGGUGCCCAGUGGAGGGAGUAUUCCGCGUAAGUUGCCUUUUUUCUGGAGUUGAGAAAGUCCAAUCUACUGACAUAUUCAUCCGACGCAUCAGCUUUGCUGCUGAACAACGAAAACCCGCAGGCCAAAAUCAAUGGGAGCUCUAA